CUGCGCAGGGAACAAACAAAAAAAUCCCCUGAUCUCAGUUUUGAGAUUGGACAGGCACACAAAAUGAAAAUGUUUACAACCAAUGAAAUGAAAGGCAAAUAUAAUUGGUUGUGAACAAAGUAUCAGUACGUGGCCAGAGGGGGUGGGAGAUUAGCGAAGGAUGAGCAAGUUGCCUUGAGGUGCAUUUCGCGCGUGCGUAGCGGAGAGAGUGGGCUGCUGAGGGAAGCCUGCGAAGAAGCCCCUUUCGGUGGCCGUUUGCGAGGCGCGGAGGUUGGUCCUAUGUCCUAGCAACGUCGUCGAGGCGGGCGGCGGGAGGGCCGCUUAAUGCCGGGGCCGCGAGGCCCGAGAGCUCGGCCUGCUCUUGUUCCUACCACCACCGUCGCCCUGGUGUUGCUCUGGCUUCUCCUGCCGCUCUGCGUCUCCCUGCGGGAGGCAGCGGCGUUUUCGGGUGAAGAUAGACCGCCUGCGCUAGGACUCGGCGGCGCUGCGGCUGCUGCGCUUCCCAUAGUAGCCGACGUGACAGUGGAGGACGAUGAGGCCGGCGGGGUGGCCCAGGCGGCGCCCUCUGGGGACCAGGAGGAGGACGCGGCGGAAGCGCCCUCCCGAAGCUGCAGAUCAUUGAUAAUAAUAAGUACUUUGGAUGGACGAAUUGCUGCACUGGAUCCUGAGAACAGUGGUAGGAAACAGUGGGAUCUUGAUGUGGGAUCAGGUUCUCUUGUUUCAUCUAGCCUCAGUAAACCAGAGGUGUUUGGGAAUAAGAUGAUAAUCCCUUCCUUGGAUGGAGACCUUUUCCAAUGGGACCGUGACAGAGAAAGCAUGGAAGCUGUCCCUUUCACCGUUGAAUCUCUGCUUGAAUCGUCUUACAGAUUUGGAGAUGAUGUUGUUCUGGUUGGAGGAAAAUCCCUGACAACAUAUGGGCUGAGUUCAUAUUCAGGAAAGGUGAAGUACAUAUGUUCAGCAAUGGGCUGUCGUCGCUGGGAUGAUGACGAGAUAGAACAAGAAGAUAUCCUCCUUCUGCAUCGAACCCAGAAAACUGUUCGUGCUGUUGGGCCCCGCAGCGGCAACGAGAAGUGGAAUUUUAGCGUUGGUCACUUUGAACUACGCUAUGUUCCAGACAUUGAAACAAGAGUGGGAUUUAUUGAAGGCAAUUUAAAAUCAAACCUAAACAAAGAAGAUUCUAGAAUCAUUUCGGAUGUGGAGGAGCAGGAGGCUGUAAUGAAGGAUACAGUGAUAAAAGUCUCAGUAGCCGACUGGAAGGUUAUGGCAUUUAAUAAGCAAGGAGGACAUCUGGAAUGGGAAUACCAGUUUUGCACUCCAGUUGCUUCUGCAUGGCUAGUGAAAGAUGGCAAGGUCAUUCCAAUCAGCCUCUUUGAUGAUACAAGUUACACCUCUAAUAAUGAGAUCUUAGAAGAGGAAGAAGAUCUUGUGGAAGCUGCCCGAGGAGCUACAGAAUCCAGUGUCUAUUUAGGAAUGUACAGAGGCCAGCUAUACCUUCAGUCAUCAGUUAGAAUUUCUGAUAAGUUUCCAACCAACCCUAAGGCUUUGGAGUCUAGAAAUGAUAAUGCAGUUAUCCCUUUGCCCAUGAUCAAGUGGAAACCCUUGAUUCACUCUCCUUCCAGAACUCCUGUGCUCGUGGGAUCUGAUGAAUUUGACAAAUGCCUCAGCAAUGACAAAUUUUCUCAUGAAGAGUACAGUAAUGGUGCCCUUUCAGUCCUUCAGUAUCCCUAUGAUAAUGGUUAUUAUUUACCCUACUAUACGCGAGAGAGAAACAAACGAAGCACUCAGAUCACUGUCAGGUUUUCUGAUAACAUGAACUACAAGAAUAUCCGCAAAAAGGAUCCUGUUCUGCUUUUGCACUGGUGGAAAGAAAUCAUUAGCACCAUCUUACUCUGCAUUGUGGCCACAACUUUUAUUGUGCGCAGACUUUUCCAUCCCCAUGCUCAAAGUCGACAGCGGAAGGAGUCUGAAACCCAGUGUCAGACAGACAGCAAAUAUGAACCUGCUGUUGGACAGGCUAAAGAUAACAGCUGGACUGACUCUGGAUAUGUGUCAAGAUACCUAACAGAUUUUGAGCCAAUUCAGUGUCUAGGUCGUGGAGGAUUUGGAGUUGUGUUUGAAGCCAGAAAUAAAGUAGAUGACUGUAACUAUGCUAUCAAAAGAAUUCGCCUACCAAACAGGUGCCACACUCUACCAGUCUGCUCUCCUCUGCUUCUGUACUGCUGCUCUUUCCUUCCUCUCAUGAUGUAUCAUUCCUCUUCAAGAGACACUGGUACACUGGAAUUGGCUCGUGAAAAGGUGAUGCGAGAAGUUAAAGCAUUAGCGAAACUUGAACACCCUGGUAUUGUUCGGUACUUCAAUGCUUGGCUGGAAGCACCACCUGAGAAGUGGCAGGAAAAGAUGGAUGAACUGUGGCUAAAAGAUGAAAGUACGGAUUGGCCACUCAGUUCUCCCAGCCCAAUGGAAGUGCCAUCAUUUAAAAUAAGAACUGAGCCAUUCUCUACAGAGGAACACAUUGAAGUUAUUACUACAUCUGGAAAGAGGAAGACCUUGCUUUCUAUUGGGAUACCUUGUGGCCAGUCAGAUUCAUCAGAGAGCCAGCUUUCCCCACUGAAGUUCUCUUCCGUUGAUAAUGAAGACUUGAGCCAGUUGGCAGAACCUGUGUCAAACAUGCAGGACAGCCUUCUCACUGAUUGUGACAUAGGGGAAAGUACUUUUGACGAAAAUGAUCCUGGACACUCCUUUGAACUUUGUCCUCCAGCCACACCAACAGUGAGGGUAAGGGAGAGGACAUCUUCUUCUAUUGUCUUUGAGGACUCUGGUUGUGAUAAUAUUUCUAGUAAAGAAGAUAACUGCAAUGAGUCACUUGAUCAUAGCCACUGUGAGGCUAAAGCAACAAGCACAAAAGGAUCCACUAGUAGGAAAUCCUCUUCAGCAAGCCAUUUGUCCAUUUCUCCACCAAGACCAACAACCUUAAGCUUGGACCUCUCUAAGAAUUCUGCACAAAAAGUCAAGCCUAUGACUCCAAAAGUGUACCUUUACAUCCAGAUGCAGCUCUGCAGGAAAGAAAACCUCAAAGACUGGUUGAACAGGAGGUGUGCAAUUGAGGAGAGGGAAAGGACAGAAUGCCUACUGAUAUUCCUUCAGAUAGCUGAGGCUGUUCAGUUCCUGCAUAGUAAAGGGUUAAUGCACCGGGAUCUCAAGCCUUCCAAUAUUUUUUUUACAAUGGAUGACGUAGUAAAAGUUGGAGACUUUGGGCUCGUGACCGCAAUGGACCAAGAUGAGGAGGAAGAAUCUGUUCUAACACCAAUGCCGGCUUACUACAGGCACACAGGUCAAGUUGGGACCAAACUAUACAUGAGCCCAGAACAGAUCUGUGGAAACACUUAUUCACACAAAGUGGACAUCUUCUCUUUGGGGUUGAUCUUGUUUGAGCUCCUUUACCCUUUCAGCACGCAAAUGGAGAGAGUCAGGACAUUGAGUGAAGUGAGGAGUUUGACAUUUCCCCCGCUGUUCAUUCAGAAAUAUGCACAGGAGUACACGAUGGUAAAGCACAUGCUCUCCCCAAGCCCCACAGAAAGGCCAGAGGCUGCGGACAUUAUUGAAAACCCUUUAUUUGAAGAUUUGGAACUCCCGGCAAAGCCAGUGCUCAGGCAGAGAUCACGGACAAUGAGUUCAUGUGGAAUAAAGCAUUCAAGAUAGCCAGGCUGAUAAUUAUUAUGUGCACAUUCAACACAUCUCAGAAACUGGUCAUUUAGCUGGAGAAUCUAACAUCAAGCAACAUCUCUGGAUUAUUUGUACUCCUAUGCUUUAUUUUCUUAUCUCAGAUUUAUGCACAAAAUUAUGAUGAAUGAAGCUAAGAGUUUGUGUUUGUUCUCAGUCCUCUUGAAGUGAAUGGCUUUCACCACUCAACUAAAAUGUGGCCUACUUUAUUUCUUAUAUACUCUUGUGUUGAGAUCAUGUAAAUAUUUUCUAGCAAAUUGAAAGGAGAAGCCUGCUAUGUAAAUAAUGUUAAAUUCUGUAUUUUUAUAGAACAAAUCUGUCUUGAAGCAUCAUAUAUGUCCUGAUUAGAAUAACUCAAGGCAUGGAGAUCAUAAAGCAAGCUUGAAAUAGAGAAAAACUCUUUUUUAAUUUGUCCCUGGAGGAUAACUUGCAAAGUGAGAAUAGUUUUAUGGCCAUUAAUCAGCUUUAGAUUAAAUUGUAUUUGUUUCUACACAGUAGAGGUUAUUGAAAAACCUUUAGGUGAAGAUAGAAGAAGAUUUAGCAAAAGAAUUGGUUGGAUACAAGUCUGAACUGCCUUUGUAAGAAAGUAAACCUUUAUUGAAAAUUUGGUAAUUCCUGAAAUGUAGUAUCUAAGAUAAUCUUGCAGGCUUGUAGUAAACUCUGUCCGACACACUUCUUUAAUAGAAUAAGUUGAUAACUGAAUAACACACCUCUUUCUCACUGUAAAUAUGUUUAUUUUUAUUUAUAAAAUGGCAAUAUCAAUCCAUUUGGGUUGGUGGUGUACAGUAUGCACUCAGAACAAUUGUCAGGUGCAUUUAAUUACUGUGACUUCUUUCAAGUCUGAUUUAAUAAAUUUUUAUUUAGA